CCCUAUGCGUGUCUUUGUAUCUGUCUCAUCCUGACCCUUUGUGUCUUUGUGUCUGUCUCAGGGGACUCUCCCGGCUCGGUCCACUUCGUGCUCUCUAAAGAAGGAGGCGGCCUGUCUCUGGUGGAGCAGGCCAACGUCUGGCUCUUCCUCCGCCUGGCCAAGACCAAUCGCAGCCGAGCCAAAGUCACCAUCAGCCUCUUCCAGCAGCAGCGGGGGGGGGGCGGGGGGGCCCGGCUGCCCGGGGGGCGCCAGUCCUCGCCGCAGGACGACGUCCCGCUGUCGGAGAAGACCGUGGACACUCGCCGCAGCGGCUGGCACACCUUCCCCGUCUCCGCGGCGGUCCAGGCGCUGCUACAGAGCUCCGACGGCACCACGCUGAGCCUACGGGCGUCCUGCCCGCUCUGCGCCGACGCCGGCGCCACGCUGGUCCUCGUGUCCGGCGGCGCCAACCAGCGGGACCAGUCCCACCGGCCGUUCCUCAUGGCCGUGGUGCGUCCGGAGGACGGCGGCGAGGCUCGGCGCCGGAGGAAGCGCGGCCUGGAGUGCGACGGGAAGGUGCGCGUCUGCUGCAAGCGCCAGUUCUACGUCAACUUCAAGGACAUCGGCUGGAACGACUGGAUCAUCGCGCCGCCGGGGUACCACGCCAACUACUGCGAGGGGGAGUGCCCGUCCCACGUGGCGAGCAUCACGGGCUCCACGCUGUCCUUCCACUCCACCGUGAUCAGCCACUACCGGAUGCGCGGCUACAGCCCGUUCCAGAGCCUGAGGUCGUGCUGCGUGCCCACGCGGCUACGGGCCAUGUCCAUGCUGUACUACAACGAGGAGCAGAAGAUCAUCAAGAAGGACAUCCAGAACAUGAUCGUGGAGGAGUGCGGCUGCUCGUAGAAAACAACAACGACAACAACAACUACGGGCGCCCUGAACCCGGGAACCGGUCCGGAGAGAACCGGACUGGACUGGAGGGGAACCAGAGAACCAGAGAGGGAGGGAGGGAGAGAAGCAUUCACACGCAUUUUCUAAAAGACUAUUUUUUGGGGCUUUUUAGGCCUUUAUUUCCACAUGAAAGGGGGGAGAGAGAGAGGAAGAGAGGGGGAAUGG